GCUAAGUUGGGUCCAGCUGGUCCUGUUGCUCAUGUUGGCUGCCCGCCCAGGCGAGGUGUAAGCGGCGGGGUCUGAGUGGAUUGGCCGGCCGGGUCCUGUCUCCCUGGCCUCGUGUAGCCUGGGAGGGCCCUGGUGGAGGCGAGGGCAGCUCCUGCCAGUGAGUGGCCAGGAAAUCAGCGCGUUUUGGGUUUCAGCUCUCAGUUACCUAUUUACACAACAGGAUGCCGCAGCUGAGCGAGUCCUGGCUGGGGCUGGGGCUGGCAGCAGCCUCUCCUUGGUUGUUGCCAGUAAUCUUUGGGGUCUUCUGGCUCCUGACCCGAAUUCUGGCCUGGACCUACACCUUCUACACAAACCUCCAGCACCUCCGACGUUUCCCUCAGCCCCCCAAACGGAACUGGUUCUUGGGUCAGUUGGGUCAGAUGCCGUCCACCGAGCAGGGGCUGAAGUUCGUGGUUCAGACGGUGCGCACCUGUCCUCAGAGCUUUGUGAUGUGGUUUGGCCCCGUCCUCCCCAUCGUCACCCUGUGCCACCCUCCGCGUGGUCCUCAGUGCCCCAGUUCACUGAAAGGAAAAGACACCUACAUUCCUGCUGCAAUGGACACUGGCCUUCAGGACCUUGCAGGAGAGCUAAGGAUAGCUCAGGUUGCAGCCAAAGAUGACCUCUUCUAUGGCUUCCUGAAGCCCUGGGUGGGGGAUGGGCUCCUGCUGAGUGCCGGUGACAAGUGGAGCCGCCACCGUCGCAUGCUGACACCCGCCUUCCACUUCAACAUCCUGAAGCCCUACAUGAAGAUUUUCAAUGACAGCGUGAAUGUCAUGCAUGCCAAGUGGCAGCGCCUGAUCUCCCAGGGCAGCACCCGCCUGGACAUGUUUGAGCACAUCAGCCUGAUGACCCUGGAUAGUCUGCAGAAAUGCGUGUUCAGCUUUGAGAGCAACUGUCAAGAGAAGCCCAGCGAAUACAUUGCCGCCAUUCUGGAGCUCAGCGGCCUCACGGCUAAGAGGGUCAACCAGAUCCUUCUGCACACGGACUUCCUGUACAAUCUCAGCCCUGACGGACGGCGCUUCUGCAAGGCCUGCCGCGUGGUGCACGACUUCACAGACGCUGUCGUCCAAGAGCGGCGUCGCACCCUCAAGAAUCAGGGAGUGGAUGACUUCCUCAAGGCCAAGGCCAAGGCCAAAACGUUGGACUUCAUUGAUGUGCUCCUGACGAGCAAGGACGAAGAUGGAAAGGAGCUGUCAGAUGAGGACAUACGGGCAGAGGCCGACACCUUCAUGUUCGAGGGCCACGACACCACGGCCAGUGGUCUCUCCUGGGUCCUGUACAACCUGGCCAAGCACCCAGAAUACCAGGAGCGCUGCCGGCAGGAGGUGCAGGAGGUCCUGAGGGGCCGCGAGUCCGAGGAGGUUGAAUGGGACGACCUGACCCAGCUGCCCUUCCUGACCAUGUGUCUCAAGGAGAGUCUGCGCCUGCAUCCCCCGGUCACUGGCAUCUCGCGCCGCUGCACCCAGGACGUUGUGCUCCCGGAUGGCCGGGUCGUCCCCAAAGGUGUUAGCUGCUUCCUCAGUAUUUUUGGAACCCAUCACAACCCAGCCGUGUGGCCGGACCCUGAGGUCUAUGACCCCUUCCGCUUUGACCCAGAAAACAUCAAGGACAGGUCACCGCUGGCUUUUAUCCCUUUCUCCGCGGGGCCCAGGAACUGCAUCGGGCAGGCCUUCGCCAUGGCCGAGAUGAAGGUGGUGCUGGCGCGGACCCUGCUGCGCUUCCGCGCGCUGCCAGACGACGCGGAGCCCAUCAGGAAGCCGGAGCUGAUCCUGCGCACGGAGGGCGGGCUGUGGCUGCGGGUGGAGCCGCUGAGCGCGCGUGCGCAGUGAGCCCCUGUCGACCCCGCCCCCUCGCCUUUGCAGACUCCGGAAUAAACUGUGCGUGGUC